AUGUCGGAGAGUGAAAAAACAAAGAAGCCAUGGACAUAUAACGACCAAAACGAUGAAUCGAAAAAUGAACAGAAAUACUUCCACAGUUAUCAAUACGUCAAUAAUAACACGAAUAAUAAUGGUGUUAGCUUCCGCCGUCCUCCUUACAACAACAGCAUAGAAGAUGCAGCACCUGCAAGUAGUAAUUUAAAUCUAUUAAAUUACCAAUAUCCUGAGAUGAAUUACGAAAACGUAAGAAAUCUUUUCCCACUUAUAAAACCGUUUCAUACUGAAAGUGAUGUCUCACUUAGUAUUCCCGAUAAGUAUAAAUCGAUAAACGAAUAUCAAAAAAACAUUCAAAAUUUCUUUACAACAGCCACACCUAUAGUUACGACCAAUUGGGGUAAUUUGUUUAAAGAAAAUGAGUUAGGCUCAUAUAAAAAGCAUAUAAGAAAACCAAACUACUUUGAGGAUAAUACUGACGUUGUACAUAUACCCAAAAAGCAAACUUAUAAAUAUGAAAAUAAUUACGAUGGUAGCGCGUACGACUGGUCACAAUAUUAUAAUAAUUACAAACCCCAUGCAAACCUUUACAAAUAUACUGAUUGGGCUAAAGAUAUUAGCAACAAGUACAAAACCGAUGAAGAUCUGCUAGACUUACGAAACCAUGAUGUAACACGUCCUUCGCAUCCUCCGAGGUAUAGGCCAAUAGAUAAUGACGCUACAGAAGAUUUUGAUUACAAGAAACUUGUUGACAAGUGGAGAAAAAGUUAUUUGAAGUCAAAACAGAAAGAAGCUUUGCGAGAGUACGAAACCUACGCAUCUGAAGCUAAACCAAUUCAUGUGCCAAUUCAUAAGCCAUAUCCAAUAGAGGUUCCGCAUCCGGUAAUUGUCCCGGUUCUUCAACCUUAUCCGGUUCGCGUGCCGAUCCCCAAGCCGGUGCCAGUUCCUGUCGUCCGGGAACUGACAGUGCCCAUCGAGAAGAUAGUGCCGUACCCGGUCUUCAAAAAGGUCCCAUACCAGAUUGAGAAGCCAGUGGCUGUAUCUGUUGAAAAACAGGUUCAUGUGCCAGUGAUGAAACCUUAUCCAGUGAAAGUCCCUCAAGUAAGGCCACUGUUUCACCACACAAAAUCUCAUGAUGAACGAGACCCCGACUACGAUGAAGAUGAUGACUACCUGCCUCGUCCAGAGAACAGCAGAAGGAUACCGACUGUGAAGAAACCUAAGAUCCCAAGAAAACAACCUAGACGACCAUCUCGAAUGUCAUAUCAAGAUCGUGACCAAAGACGUCGACCUUCGCGACGACCGACACACGAUAGCUACAGAGAAACACCGAAGGAACAUAAACGUCCUCGACGUCCACAGGAACAUCGUCGACCAAGCAGACACCGCGAUGACGACGACGAAGAAUAUGAACCACGUGAUUAUUUAUACUGCAAACGUACAGGCAACUGUUGAACUUUUAAAAUCUAGAUCUCGCUAAAACUCGUGGCACAUUAUACAAAAACCGAGGGGUAUUGCCAAUAUCGCGCCCUCGCUCUCUCCUGGCAGCCAAAUAGGGUUGUAAAAGAAUAUCGUACGAUUGUAUUGAAACUUUUGCUUUAGAAAUAUUUCCUAUAUUUUACAGGAGCAUUAUUAUGUGAGAUUUUACUUCCUAAUGAGUAAAUUACGUCGUAUAUAAAUAGAUAUACUUCAGUAUUUUCUUAUUUAUACGCUUUUCAUGCCAAUUAAGAGAAUUUAUAAUUAUGUGUGAUUUUCUAGGUAGUAAGUUGGUAUACUGGCCCAAGCCCAUUAUGGUUGUCAUGAAAACAACAUUGUCACUAAAAUUAUCAACCAUUUUAACAACGAGUAGUUAUUAAAAAAAAAUGCUCAUUUGUUUAAGAAUCAAACGUUUCUAAAAUUUCAUACUCGUAAACAAAUUUGAUGUUUUAUAAUAUAGAUCUCACAUAAUAUGACCCGAAUUAUGGUAAUAAUGAAAUACAUCAUUUCAAAAAUCUAUUUCAAAGAUAUAAACCUCACUGAGGUAGUAUCAUUUAUGACAGAAAAAGCAUUGUUUAUUGCUACUUAAAAAUUAAAAUGGAAGGUUAUUGUAAUUUUUUAUUAGGUUUAUUAAACUUAAGUAAGCAUUGAGGAAAGGAAUUACUAUGUUUUAUUCACAAAUUACCUCGACAUUGGUUUUACGCAUGCAUCGGAAGUUGGAUUACCAUUGAAAUUGGUUUACAUUAUCGAUAAUUUAUUUAUGUUUGUUUUUCAUCGAUACGUUGCAAUCACUAUGUAAGAAUCGGUGUGUGCCAAAGCCUUAUGUAACUGUCUGUAAAUUUUAUUUGUAAUAAUUAAUAUACAUAUAUAUGUUAGGCUUAGAAUAAUUUUAUUGUUAAUAUAUUUAUUAUAAGUAUAAAUA